GCUUAGUUCAGCGCAUUUUGAACCAGGAUACACCGCCACAGGAGGAGGCGGACAACACCAGGGCAGCCAAAGCUAAAGCCAGGGCAGACGCCAGAAAGAAGGAGCAGCGUCAUGCCAAGGAGGUGUACGGUGGCGUGGAUGGAGACCUGCAGAGGUCCAUGGAUCUUGCGGCCGAAAAGGGUGCGUCGAACUGGCUCACCUGUCGACCACUCAAGCAGCAUGGGUUCUCGCUACACAAGGGCGCGUUUCGAGAUGCUGUCUGCCUCCGCUACGGGUGGACUCCGCCCCAUCUCCCCCAGAGCUGUGCCUGUGGAGCUGCCUUCACUGUCCCGCACGCCUUGUCUUGCCCAGUAGGUGGCUAUCCGUCUCUGCGGCACAACGAGCUGCGGGACUUGACCGCUACCAUGCUCACAUCAGCAGCUCAUGAUGUCAGCAUUGAGCCACGCCUUCAGCCGUUAUCUGGUGAGAAUUUUCAUCACCGGACGGCUAUCCGUGAGGAUGGUGCCAGGCUGGAUGUUGCUGCCAGCGGGGUAUGGGGUGGCCGGUUUGAGCGAGCUUUCUUUGAUAUUCGGGUGUUCAACCCUCAUGCUCGUUCGAACUCGGUCCACUCCAUCCCCGCCGCAUACGCAAAGCAUGAGCGUGAGAAGCGUCGGCAUUAUGAGGAGCGUGUUCGUGAGGUGGAGCAUGCCACCUUCGUUCCCCUCGUAUUCAGUGCCACCGGAGGCCAAGGCAAGGCGGCAACUGCCCUUUACAAGCGGCUCGGACUGAUCAUCAGCGACAAGAAGAAUGAGCCUUACUCCAUCACAAUGGCAUGGAUCAGAUGCAGGUUGGGGUUCGCCCUUCUUCGCUCGGCCAUUAUGGCCCUCCGAGGACACCGGUCCCGGAGCAGAGUUGCAGUAGCUCAACCAUCAUCGACCGAACUGGUGGCUGCUGAGUGCAAUUUGCAUUUCUGAACUGUGGCAUGUGCGUAGCACUCAAACCGGUGAACAUGUGCGCACUGCACUGACUGUCUUUAAUGCUCCUCAUUGUUUUUGUUUUUAUUUAUUUAUUUUUUACCAGGCGUGGGCCAUC